GCUAAAAGAGCAAAUAUGGCACAACAAACUUCCACUCCGUUAACAUUUACCGUCCGGAGACAUCCGACGGAGCUCAUCGUUCCGGCUAAACCGACACCUCGAGAACUCAAGCCUCUCUCCGACAUCGAUGAUCAGGGAGGCAUUAGGUUUAAUAUCACACAGUUUCAUAUUUACCCAGGCAAUCCAAAAAUGGGAUAUAAGAACCCGGCUAGUGUGAUCAGGGAGGCGUUGGCUAAGACGUUGGUGUUUUACUAUCCGUUUGCGGGCCGGCUAAAGGAAGGUCCUGGAAAGAAGCUUACGGUGGAUUGCUCCGCUCAGGGUGUGUUGUUUAUCGAGGCGGAGGCUGAUGUGACGCUAAAGCAGUUCGGGGUGACGCUUCAACCGCCUUUCCCGUGUAGCGAAGAGCUUCUUUAUGAUGUUCCUGGCUCCAAUGGAAUUGUGGAUUCACCGAUGUUGCUGAUGCAGGUGACACGACUUCUAUGUGGAGGUUUCAUCGUCGCUAUACGACACAAUCAUAACAUGUGUGAUGUACACGGGUAUAUACAAUUCAUGACAGCAUUGACUGAAAUGGCACAAGGUGCAUCAACACCAUCAACGUUGCCUGUUUGGCAAAGGGAGUUGCUUUGUGCAAGGGACCCGCCACGUGUGACAUACCCACAUCGUGAGUUUGACGAAGUGCCAGUAACUGAUGACAUGAUCAUCCCGUUCGAUGACAUGGUACACAAGUCAUUUUUCUUUGGACCAACUGAGAUUUCAGCCAUUCGUAGGUUCGUUCCAACACACCUAAAAAAGUGUACCACAUUUGACGUCGUAACAGCUUGCAUUUGGCGUUGUCAUACAAUCGCGCUCCAACCAAACCCUGAAGAUGACAUGCGUUUGCUAGUCAUUGUAAACGCACGUUCAAAGUUCAAGACUCCACUCCCCGUAGGAUAUUAUGGAAAUGUGAUAUGUAGCCCCGCUGCCGUUUCCAAAGCUCGAGACCUAUGUAACAAACCAUUAGGACACGCGUUGGAGCUUGUGAGGAAAGCCAAAUCCCAAGUCAGUGAAGAGUAUGUGAGAUCUGUCGCUGAUCUAAUGGCAAUCAGAGGACGACCUACCUCGGCGUUUGGAAGCUAUAUCGUAUCAGACUUGACACGUACGAGUUUACUUGAACUUGAUUUCGGGUGGGGGAAUGCGGUGUAUGCAGGGCCUGAUAACCCUCUUGCUGGUUUCUAUACACGUUAUAUAAAUCAUAAGGGCGAGUCUAUAAUUGUGGUACCUGUACAGUUGUCGCGGUAUGCUAUGAAGAGAUUUGCCGAAGAGCUAGAUCGCAUGUUGGCGCCAGACGAUAAAGGCGAUCUUGUUAUCCAAGAACACUUGGCUACUCUUUCCAGACUAUAAUUUCCUUGUUUUGAUUCGACAGGUCAUGCAUGAUCAGCAUGCAACAAGCUUUUAAGACGUGUUUUUUAUUCAAAUGUUACAAGUGUAUAUGUAUCAUUUUAUGGUUGUGUGACUCUAAUUUUGUGUAUUCUAUUGUGUUGUUUUUAAUUGAUCAAUCAAAAUAAAUAAAUGUUACUUUGAGUAUUCU